AUGCGGCCCAUGCGGAGCUAUUCCGCAACCGCUUCGCCUGUAGAUGGCACACUUCCUUUGAAAGGAAUUCGUGUACUUGACAUGACACGGGUACUAGCUGGGCCAUAUUGCACCCAAAUACUAGGUGAUCUAGGUGCAGAUGUGAUUAAGGUCGAGCAUCCCGUUAGGGGUGAUGAUACCAGAGCCUGGGGCCCACCAUACGCAAAGUAUGAGGAUGCGUCCAGACAAGGCCCAGGUGAAAGCGCAUACUAUUUAGCGGUCAAUCGCAACAAAAAGUCACUCGCUCUAUCAUUCCAGCAUAAGGCUGGCGUCGAGAUUCUACACAAGCUCGCCAAGGAAUGCGAUGUCUUCGUCGAAAAUUACGUCCCAGGAGCACUGAAGAAAUAUGGAUUGGACUUUGAGACGCUUCACAAAAUCAAUCCCCAAUUGAUUUAUGCCAGUAUUACAGGCUAUGGCCAGACUGGGCCAUACAGCAACAGGGCUGGGUACGAUGUCAUGGUAGAGGCAGAGAUGGGAUUGAUGCACAUCACCGGAUCGCGUGACGGUCCUCCUGUCAAAGUCGGCGUCGCAGUCACUGAUUUGACCACUGGAUUGUAUACUUCCAAUGCAAUCAUGGCUGCUUUGUUAGGAAGGAUGAGAACGGGCAAGGGCCAACAUAUUGACGCUUGCUUGAGUGAUUGUCAGGUCGCUACCUUGUCUAACCUGGCGAGCUCUGCGUUGAUCAGCGGGCAGAAAGAUUCAGGGCGUUGGGGAACCGCUCAUCCGUCAAUUGUGCCAUACCGAAGCUACAAGACAAAGGACGGUGAUAUUCUCUUUGGAGGAGGCAAUGACCGCCUAUUUGGUGUUCUUUGUGACCGUCUUGGCUUUCCUGCAUGGAAGAAUGACGCUCGUUUUGUCACAAACAGUGAUCGUGUGAAACAUAGAGAAGACAUUGAUGGCUUGAUUGAGAACACAACCCAACAGAAGACGACGAAAGAAUGGCUUGAUAUUUUCGAAGGCAGUGGUAUGCCAUAUGCAGCGGUGAAUGAUAUCCAAGGGACAUUGAAUCAUGAACAUGUCCUCGCGCGAAACAUGGUCACUGAAGUAGAUCACCCUGCUUGCGGUCUCAUUAAGCUGGUCAAUACACCCAUCAAAUAUUCCGAGGCGAAGCCUGGUGUGCGUACACCUCCUCCAACGCUGGGUCAACAUACCAAUGAAGUGCUCGCAACAAUGUUGAAUUAUAGCAUUACCGAUAUCGCUCAAUUAAAGACGGAUGGUGUGGUAUCUUGA